AGUCUAUAAAGCUUCAGCUUAGAUGAGGUCAGUGCCAAAAGAGAAAGACAGUUGACAACCUGCAUCAUGGAAUGGGCUAGUACGCUCAUUCUCCUCCUUGCGGUCUUUAUUUUUUGCCAUCUGCUUAUAAACCCUAAGAGGAAACAAUUGCACAAGGGAAGACUUCCUCCGGGACCCACUCCCCUGCCCCUGAUUGGGAAUUUCCUGCAAAUCAAGCCAGCUGAAACAUUAAAAUCUCUUCUCAAGCUACGUGAAAAAUAUGGCCCUGUUUUCACCGUCUAUUUUGGGACAAGUCCAGUUCUGAUCUUAUGUGGACACCAAGCUGUGAAGGAGGCUUUGGUAGACAAGGCAGAAGAGUUCAGCGGAAGGACUACCAUGCCUUCAAUGGUGCCUUCCUUCGAAGGAUAUGGAAUGGCCUUUUCCAAUGGACAACGGUGGAAGGAACUGCGCCGGUUCACCCUCACCGUCUUGAGGAAUUUUGGAAUGGGGAAAAAAUCUAUUGAAGAGCGAAUUCAAGAGGAGGCCCAAUUCUUGCUUGAAGAAUUUCGGAAUACAAAGGAAAAGCCUUUUGAUCUUACCUUCAUCCUCAGCCGGGCAUUCGCCAACAUCAUUUGUUCUAUUGCUUUUGGGAAUCGUUUCGACUAUGAGGACAAGGAAUUCCAGGCCCUCAUGGUGAUGGCAAACAAGUUCUUCUGGGAGAUGAGCACCUCCUGGGCUCAGUUCUAUGACAUGUAUGCCAACUACCUGAAUUACAUUCCUGGAAUCUACAAUAAGAUCUAUGAUUGCAUGGACAUAAAGCUCUUCAUUGCCAAGAGAAUCAAGAAGAACCAAGAGACCCUGGACCCUAAUUUCCCACGUGACUAUAUUGAUUGCUUCCUCAUCCAAAUGGAAAAGGAAAAAGACAAUCCAGACAGUGAAUUUAUUAUGAAGAACUUGGAGGUCAGCGUUCUUAAUCUGAUCCUUGGAGGAACAGAGACGGGCAGUCCCACCUUGAAAUAUGGCUUCCAGUGUCUGAUGAAAUAUUCUGAAGUGCAAGCAAAAGUGCAUGAAGAAAUUGAUCGAGUGAUUGGCCGUAAUCGUGUCCCAAACAUUGAAGAUCGGAGGCAAAUGCCGUAUACAGAUGCCGUUAUCCACGAAGUGCAGAGAUGCAGUGAUAUCCUUCCUUUGGAUUUGGUACAUAUGGUUACUCGUGACACUGAAUUCAGAGGAUAUCAUAUCCCUAAGGGGAUGACAGUCUACCCAAUACUCAGCACUGUCUUGCAUGAUCCCACAAUGUUUAAAAGUCCCAAUGCUUUCAACCCAGAGAACUUCUUGGAUGAGAAUGGGCGUUUCAAGAAGAAUGAUGCAUUUGUGCCUUUCUCCUCAGGGAAAAGGAUCUGCCUGGGUGAAGCCUUGGCCCGCAUGGAGCUUUUCCUCUUCUUCACCACCAUCCUGCAGAAUUUCCAACUAAAGUCCCUUAUUCCCCCUGAAGAUAUUGACCUCACUCCUCAGAUGAGUGGCUUUUACAACAUCCCACCCUUUUACCAGCUCUGUGUCAUCCCACGCUGAGCCUGAGGUUGCUUUCCCCCAUACAUGGAGCAUGAUUGUUCUUAACAGAACUGGGUUGCCAUCUACGUUUGGGGUGGCAUGGAAUGUAUUACCCAUCCACAGACCCAAAUCACAAAAACUUCUACAUAACAAAUUGCAAUUUGUUUUGGGUACCAUUCCAUCAAUGUAUAAGUUACCAUCUCUAUGCCUUGAAGUAAUUUCUUAUUUGGAUGGCUGCAACCUUACUUUUGCCAGAGAAUGUUGUCUUUGGAUUCUGUCCUUGAAAGCCACUUUAGGUCAUGCUGCAGGAAAAGAUGACAUAUAAAGUAAGUAGGUAUGGCAGUAAGCACACAAAUAUAUAAAUAUUGUGCCACAUUGUCAGUUUUGUAUAAAAUGUAGAAUAAUACUUUUUAAAGUC